UCCGAUGAUAGAAGACAUUUCUCCUCAAAUUGGGGAUAUUUCACCUCCAGAAAGUGGCGAUUUUAUGCCUCCUCCUAUGAUAGAAGAUAUUUCACCUCCUCAAAUUGGGGAUAUUAUUUCACCCCCUGAAAGUGGCGAUUUUAUGCCCCCUCCUCAAAUAGAAGAUAUCUCACCUCCUGAAACUGGAGACAAUACUGAACCUCCUGAAACCUUUAUUCCACCCCCUGAAAGUGGAGAUUUUAUUCCACCUCCCGAAAGUGAGGAGGAUUUUGAAUCAGUUCUUGAAAGUGAAAAUUUAAUUCCUCCUUCUGAAAAUGAAGUUGUUAGUUUUCUUGAAGAUGGGGCUGGAAGUUUUGUUCCUCCUCCCGAAAAUGAGAUUAUUAUUUCGUCACCCGAAAAUGGGGUUUUGAGUCCGCAAAAAAGUCCAACUUUUGAUAGCGAGGUUCCAAGUGCGCAGAAUACCUGGACUUCUAGCUCAACGGUGGAAGAAAAGCGAGGAACUGAAAUUACAAAAUUUAUUGGAAUUCUGGGAAAUGUCAAGCGAGAAAAAUCACCGUUGCAUCACGCACCUGGGUAUAUUGAAAGGACGGUGGAUGAUGGUCCAGAGGAAGAGGGGGACGAUUCGGUUUUUGAAUCUUACCCUCCACCUCCUCCUCCUGAAAUUGAUGCCGAUGCCGGUAAAAUAACGACAGUGCCACCACCUAUUCCCAGAUGGUUGUCUCAAGAGGACGAGGAUGAAAAUAUUUUCGAGGGAUAUGGAGGGAUGCAAGAACCCCCAGCAACUCCAGUCGCACGUGACGAAUUAGCCUUGAAGAGGCACAGGUUUUUCUCAGACUUGUUACAAGCAACUCAAAAUUCUGCUGAGCACAGAGUGAGCUUCGACCCUCUGGGAGCGAGGGUUUAUCCUGGUUGCGAGUCGGAUGACAGAGAAGAACACUUGGAAGAAUUGGUAACGAGAUUAGAAAACGUAACGAGAAGAUUGGAAAGGGUGCCAACACAAGUAACCCCUGAAACUCAGGAAAUAGCAGUUCAAACUAAAACUCCGUCUCCGGAAAAAUCCCCGUCUCCGGAAAAAUCCCCAUCUUCGAGGAAAUCGGAAAAAGAGAGUAUUUCUUCUGAAGAUCAGUGCUCACUAGGUUCCACCACUUCAAUUUCUUCGACUGAAUCCUCAAUAGUAGAAGUGACCAACAUGUCGGUUGCUGGUUAUGAGGACAUCGUAGCUGGUCCAGUCAGGGAAUUUUUGGAUCUGAGCCGGAAAAUUGGGGGAGAUGUGGCUUCUCAUAGUCAGCUGGUAGAAAAAGCUUUUCAAAUCCAACUUGGCUUUUUAAGAACAGCGUCUAGUCGUCCGGCACCGACGAAUCAGACUGAACAGGUGUCUCUUUUAGGACCAACCUCAACACAAAUUCAAGAGAUUCAGGAAUUUCGUGAUAAGCACAGAGCCUCGCCAUUUUUCAAUCACUUAUCAGCAAUUAGUGAGAGUAUUCCAGCCUUAGGAUGGGUCGCCGUUUCUCCGACGCCAGCGCCCUACGUGAAGGAAAUGAAUGACGCUGGCCAGUUUUACACAAACCGUGUUUUAAAAGAUUGGAAAGAAAAAGACAAAACGCACGUUGAGUGGGCCAAAGCAUGGGUACAAACUUUAACCGAGUUGCAGCAAUAUGUGCGGAAAAAUCAUACAACGGGAUUAGUUUGGGCAAAAGGAGGAUCUGUUCCUCCACCUCCUGCAGGCGGACUUCCUCCACCCCCGCCACCUUCAAUGCCAGUUGGUGAAGUUGAAGCAGUUGAGAAUGACGACAGAAGUGCACUUUUUGCCGAGAUUAACCAGGGAGAAAAUAUCACUAGAAAUUUGAAGAAAGUCACAUCAGAGAUGCAGACACAUAAGAAUCCCAAUUUAAGAACUGGUCCCGCGCCUUUCAAAGCUCCAGCGACAGGAUCUACGGUGAAAAACACAUUGCCAGCAAAUGCGCCAAUCGACAAACCUCCCGUUUUCACCCGCGACGGGAAAAAAUGGCUUGUGGAGUACCACAAGGGCAAUAAAAAUCUACUCGUCGAGAAUGCAGAGAUGAACAAUGUCAUCUACAUGUACCGCUGCCAAGACAGUACAUUAGUUAUCAAAGGAAAAGUCAAUUCUGUUGUUAUCGACUCCUGCAGAAAAUCUUCCGUUGUUUUCGAUUCGCUCGUUUCGAGCAUCGAGUUUGUUAACUGUCAAAGUUGCCAAAUGCAGGUACUUGGAAAGGUGCCGACGAUUUCCGUCGAUAAGACAGACGGUUGCCAGAUGUAUUUAAGUCCCGAAUCGCUUGCUGUGGAAAUUAUUUCUAGUAAAUCAAGUGAAAUGAACGUAAUGGUUCCUAAAGGAAAUGGCGAUUACACCGAGUACCCCGUACCAGAACAAUUCAAAACGACUGUAAGUCCCAAGGGGCUCUCCACGAUCGCUGUCGAUUCACUCGGCUAAGUUCGGAAUUUUCGAAUUUUUAGUCUAAAAAUCCGACUCUAAUUUUCUAAUUAAUUAGCAAUACACGAUAACUUCGAAACCAUCCUCUGAUGGUACGUAAUUUAUUUUUAUUUCAAAUAAGCCUUACGAGGAGACUCGUAAAGGUCCUAGGAUAACGAAACGGAGGGGUGAUUCGGUCUUUUAAAUUAUGGAAUCGCGAUUGAUUUGCGAAAGAUUCGCUACUGAAUUUUGUAACUUUGAUUGAAAAAAUUUGUGCUAUAAUCAACACACCUUGUUCCUGAUUUGCUGUGUUGCAAAAAAAAAAACAAAAAAAAAAACAACUU